AUGCAGAACGAACACGGACAAGGCAUUAGCCACGCAUCGAGUGACUCUAAGAUCCAGAAGCAAGUCCCCGCGGGUCUUGAGGAGAACCUACCCAACGCUAUCCACGACACCGGCAGCUCAAAGGAGGGUCCCCAAACCAACACUAGCCACGCAAAAGGCGGAGGUAAAGCAUCCAUCGUCCCUCAGAAGAUCCAGGAGAAGCUUCCCGAGAGCAUCGAACGCGCCGUUCCCAACGCGAUUCAUGACACCGGUGACACUGGCGGGCUGCAUCGCAAGCAGUAG